AUGGGCCCGAAUCGAAGGGGAGGGGGGAGAGAAGGAAGAAAAAAGGACAAGGAAGAGACUGGGGCAGAGAGCGGCACUAGUAAGGUGCCUGAGAAGACGAAUGGUGUCCCCUGGCGGCUCCAGGGCGCCACUACAGCGGCGCAGUCGCCGUUUGAGCCUUGUUCUUCCCCGCUUCCCUGUUCAAAGGUGAGACUCAAUUAUAUAUAAGAUAGACGGCUAAAAUUAUAUUUAUAUAACAUACAAAAUUAUAUAUGAUCAGUUAUCUUGCAUGGAUAUGUGCCUGUUCAUAUUGAUAAGAGCUUUAAUUUGUAGGGUUGCCAUAUUUCAAGGAGGUUCUUUAAUGGUAUAUUAAAAUCUUAUUUUCUGAAUGCUAGGUUAUGAUCAUAUCAGACUGCAACUGAGAGAAAGCUUGGUUUGGGGAUAGGAGUUAAGCUCUAGGGUUUCCAAAAGGGGGUGUGGGGACACAGAGCAAGCGAUUUGUAUGGUGCAUUCGUGCUUUCAUAUAUUUACUUCAAAUUUAUAUACAGUACUUAAUUUGUAUGCCCUUUGAUUGUAAUAAAACUUCUAAGUGCCUUAUGAGCGGUUUUCUUGAAUUAAGUGCAUUGUAAAUUUCUUUGAGAAUUCUUUUUUAAGUGUAAAGCAAUAUACAAGUCUUACAAAAUCAAUUCUGUAGGAAAGAGAUAAGAUUUCUGGGUGGGUUUUUGCUUGCUUGCUCUUUCGUCUGGAUAAAAACAGAUUAUUUUAAAGUUUUUAGGUUAAAGUCUUUAAAUCAUAAGUCGUCUUGGAGGCUCUUUUUGAGCCAAUAGGCAACUCAUAAAUACUUUUAUAAAUUGACCCUAGUGUACAGUUUACUUUUCAUGAGCUUUCUGCAUCCCCCCCCCCCCUUUAAGCCCACUCAUCCUUGCUCACCUGUGUGCCUUUGUUAUAUAUCUUUAGGCACCUGGCAAAAGCAUUCCUGUUCUCCCAAGCCUUUGGCUAACUAAGCAAUCUAUGUCCCUUUGAACUGUGGGGAGAAGGUUAUUUUUGUUUGUUAGUUAGUAUGUCAUGUAUUUUUAUAUUGUAAACCACUCUAUGAUCUUGGGGUGAAGGGCGGUACAGAAAUUUAAUUAAUAUUAAUCAUACCACAUUGCCCCAGACUUUUGGUAACUAUCAUACUGAGUGCCUUGGCGCAUACCCAGAAGUGCCUUGUGAUGAAAAAGGCCAAUGUCUCAGGGGUAGUGCACAUAGUCUGCAUGCAGAAGACUCAAGGCCAGCAGUGCCAACUUGAAUAAAAUAUUGGGGGGGGGGGCCUGCCCUGCAUAAUCGAUCACAUGACAUGGUGCAUGCCGACCAUUUGAAUGGCAAUGCAAUAUUUUAUUGGGGGAAGGCGAAGCCCCCUCGGCCCCUAGAAAUUGGCUCCUAUGCCCUAGGCUCAAUCUCUGGCAACUCCACAUAAAAUGUUCCAAGCUAGUAGGGCAGGUGGGAGACCCCAUAUCUGCUUAAAGCAGAGGUGGAAAACAUUUGGACUUCCAAUGGAUUUUAUUGAGUGUAAGGCAGUUUCCUAUGUUCCCCACUGCAUGUUAUAGAGAAGGGCUGAAACUCAGAGGCAGAGCAUCUGCCUUGCAUGUGAAAAGUCCCUAAUUCAAUCACGGCAUCUUCUGCUAAGGCUGGGAAAGACUCCCUCUAUGAAACCCUGGAGAACCUUUGUUGGGCCAUGUAGGCAAUGCUGAGCUAGAUGGACCAGUGGUCUGACUCACUAUCAGGCAGCUUCCUAUUUUCCCAGGAAGGCACUGUUGCUGGCUGAAACCUUAAGCAGAAGCUCUUAACGCUGCAACGUUUUGUUGCAGACCCCACCUGUGUUAGUAAAUACUGAUCGCUUGGCAGCAACAGGAGAAGAGGAAUAUUGCCUCCACGAUCUGCUUCUAGACUUCCUGAAGGCAUCUGAUUGGCCACUGUCGGAAACAAAAUACACUAGGCUAGAUGGACUUUUGGUUUGAUCCAGCAGGGCUCCACAUUUCCCCCCACCCCCCAUCUUCACUGGUCUACUUGAACAUAAUGCAUUAAGUAAUGCCACAGAUGUAAACACGAGAAUGCUGGAAUACUUAUCCAGACCGAAAUCCCAUUUCCCCUCCUUUUUGUAUACGGUGGUUUCCUUUCAACAGCAACAAAACCUGAAUCCACUGUAGCAGAAAUCUAUACAUUUUAAAUAUCUGUAGGUGACAACUAGCAUAAUGCCUUCCAGGUUUUGGAUUUCAUCGGACAGCAGCAUAACAAGACAUUGUGUGCUGAAAAGCAGGAGCGCUUUCUCUCUCUCUCUCUCUCUCUCUCUCUCUCUCUCUCUCUCAUCCCUCCCCCUUUUGUCAAACUUAGCUUUACGCGAGAGGUAGCUAAGAUCACACAUUGAUUUUUAUUUAGAACAAGGACUUACUGAUCUGUACAGGACUUGUAAUGAAACUGGCAAAUCUCUGAGCAACUAAAGGUUCUUCAAGGCACACGAUAAACGCUUGGUGGUCCUGUUUUGUCGCAGAUGUGACAUGCAUUUGAUGAAGACAGUCGUUGCCUGUGACAGCUUAUGCCACAAUGAACUGGAUAGACACUUGCAAAGUGAUGUGUUCAGGAUGCAGGGAGGAGCAGACUGUACACACAGCUAGAGGUUUGUGACAUUUCUAUAGGAGAUGCCUACAUAGCUAAGCAGGCAAGUUGCUUUUCAGCUCUGCAGGCCUGGGUGGGUGCACUGUGUAAUGUACAGUUACGACCUGAAUCAGGGAUGGCGGAGAAAUUAGAUUAAGUUUGCAUUUAAAGAAGAAGCUACCUGUUUCACAUUUCUCAACACAAUGCAUGAACUGUAAAAUAGCUGUCCUUCAACAUUUUCACCUCUCCAAAUUUUGCAAUGCUUUUCUCCAUUCAAGUGAUGUGUACAAAAAAUGCAUAUACCGGGGUAAAGUGUUCAUAAAGAUGUGUAUAUUAGUGAAAAUAUCAAAGAAAAGUGCAUUGUUUUUGGAGAUACUGCUUUGCAAUAAAAAAGUGUAUAUUAGGCAACAUUACACACAAAAAUGUGUUUAUUAGGAUAAAUUCACACUGAAAUAGUGAUGAGGAUUUCCCCCCCAAGUGGAAAGUGAUACGGGAAGGUGGAGAAUUGGAGACUGGAAAAAUGAGAAACUGAGUGAAACCAAAGUUGACACGUUCUUCCACCCGUAGGCCUGAUACAUUCCUACGUCAUGCAGAUGACCUGUAAAGAGUGAGUGAACAUAGUGUGGCUGUUGGACAAUAAAUGCCCAGUGCUGAAGCGCCUGUAGCAUUUGGAAAUGUAUUCUUAGCCAUUCAUUCUGAAGGUGUUCUGCAGGUGCACAUUUUUAACUACGGAUGUUGGGAAAACUCUUUUCUAAUAAUAGCAUUAAGCGUACCUAGCAAAGCACAGGCAGGUUUGUUUCCACCACCAGCUGCUGUGAGAGAGAAAGAGAGCAAGAGGCUUCCUUUUUCCAUACACUUCUUCUCCAGCGUUUCCCCCCAUCCUCAUUGUUCGCAUUUUAGGUUGGAGUACUAUGGAGUUUCAAAUCCCAUUUGCAAACAAACGGCGAGUCAUUAGCCAUGAAGAAACGGAGAUUAUUGUGAAGGGUGGGAGAGGUGGGGUGCGUGGAAUGUAAUCCUGCUUCAUUCUCUCCCAGCCAUGAAUAACCGAUACACAUGUCUUUCCACCGUGGAAGUUAUGCGAUUAACGGAAGCCAUUCUGUCGGUUGAGUUGUCACUUUCAGGGGAUGCUUACCAUCAAUCUGCAUCUUGUAUAAUCGACUUCCUUUUUUUUUCUUUUUUUGCAAAAAAAAAGAGAAUCAAAAUCAGAGCUUGCCUUAGCAAUUAGGGUCUCCUGAAUUGGGCCCAUAGAGUCACAAUGUUAGUGGGACCUCGAAGAUCGGCUAAUUCAGUAACCCAACCAGUACAGGAGAUCUGCUGAUCUAGCACACCUCCCCUCAGCCCUAGCAAGCAUGGCCAGUGGCGAUGGGAGUUGUAGUUCAGCAAAUUCUGGAAGGCCAAAGGUCCCCCAGUCCCUGCUUUAUGAUAUUAAGCACCUGUUUGGAAACAGUCUAAAAUACACUUGCAAAACAAAUGGAGGAAGGAAACCCAUAUGAAGCAUUAUACUCAUGACUGGUGAGAUGUUAUGAGAUGGCCGACCAAACAUAUGUUGUGCCUCAGUGGGAGUCUUGUUUAUCUUUAUUUUUUAAGAACCCACCUUCUUCACUGUACAGCUUCUCUGUCUCAUUCGUGUCUCUAGAGGAUGCCGGUGAAUGGCCUAUCUCCUUAAUUUUUCCAUCCACUUGGUGGUGUAAUAUGCAAAGGAAAAAUGGACCCGUCGCAUUCAGCAUUUCCGCAUUAAUGAAAUGUGGAUUUCUAUUUCAGAUAAUGUAACUUGCUGGAUUAUUUAAUAACCCUGGAACUUGUUAAGAGCUCGGCUAAGCUGCUGAGUUAUUAAAGUGGGAAGAAAUAGUCUUUCAAACAGUUGUUUUAUGAGGAGUCUCUGUAGUCGUUGGCUUUGAGUUUAUCCAGUGAUAAAGCUAUUUGCUAAGGUUGCCGUUUUACUUCAUUAUGGCAAAAUCACUUAUUUGGGAAAUAAUGGAGAAAUCAAAACUUUUUUAUAUUAAAAAGUUAGAGGAGAUUAAAAAACCCCCACAUUUUGCCUAUUUAUUUCUCAGCGUUCAUAAGCUGUGCUAAGAGGAGAGGGUUUGAGAUUCAAAGGUGGAAGCCACACCUUCUGCUCAGGAAACACUAAACCAGUUCAGAGGUGUACCUAGGCUCCCUGGGACCCCUGGCAAGGAGCAGUAUCUGCAUCCCAAUCCCUUGCACCCAUGGCAAUCGCCAGCUUGUCCUUCACAAUUUUUGUGCCUGCUUGGACCUGCAUCCUUGGCGGGGGCCAACCUGACCAACCCCUAGGUACAUCCCUGCCAGUUGCACAGGUAGUUCAGGUGGUCAGGGCAUGAUGCUAAUAACAUCAACGUGGCAGGCUCAAUCUCCAAGUGGGUGGGGAUAUGCAGCCUCUCCUUCCAAGGGAGACAGAGGAAACUACAGGCUACAUAACGCUAUCAAACCAUUGCUCCAUCUUGCUUAGUACUGUCUCCAUCAGGGGUAGCCAACAUUGCACCCUCCAGAUGUUGUUGGACACCAACACCCAGCAUCUCCAAUUGAUAUUACCAAGGGUCAGGGAUGGUGGUAGUUGGAGUCCAACAGCAACUGGAGGGCACCCUGGUCUACACCUACAGGCAAUGGCUUUCCAGGGUCUCAGACAGGUGUCUUUCCCAGUCCCACCUGGGGAGGACAGAGAUUAAACUUAGAACCUUCUUCACGGAAAGAAUGUGCUAUGAACUGUGAGUCUUCUCCAGAGAGGCAUAGUUCAGUGGUGGAUAACACUGCCAGAUUCAAAAACAGAACAGCUUUACACCUUUUACUCUCUAGGUCAGUGGAAUAUUUUUUCACGCCCAGGGCAGUUUUCUUUUUUAAAUUCUAAUAUGGGGAAGCUUUCAGACAUGUGGUCUCUCAACUGCAGUCUCAAAUGUAAAACUCAGCAAAAGCUAAGCCAUAUGACUCUCUUGAUCACCAGCAACACAACCUCUUCCGUUCACUCUCAGAAACAAUGACCUGUCACGUGCAGCUGCUCCACAUUUUGUGCAAAUUAAUUUAUUGAGUUAUUUGACAGCUAUUUGAAAUCUUUCCUGGAAAUUGGACUACACAUUUACCCCAUUUAACAACAACAACAGCAACAGCAUAUCAGACACUGGUAUGGUUAUCAUCUCUCUCUCUCUCUCUCUCUCACACACACACACACACACACACACGGCAAAGCUGCUUGGCACCCCUAAAAAACCCCACACCUGUGUGCCUGGUAAACACAUAAUGCUAAACCAUUGUUUAUGGGUUAUUAAACCAUGGCUUAGCAUUCUGUGUGAACUUUGCAGCUUAACUAUGGUUUGUUUGCUGGUGACAAUGUAUCGUUGUUGGUUUGUGAACUUUGGUUUGUUCUAACUAUAGCUUGAUGUUAUGUGUGAACCCAGCAUGCUUCCUUAACCAUGGUUUGUUUGACCACCCUCUCCCAGACUCUCACCAAAUCACAGUCUUCAUAAGGCAAGAACAGCUGCAAAACAAGACAAACUUUGGAGAAACAAGCCAUAGUUCUUAAACAAACCAUAGCUUACACGACAGCUAAGCCUCGUGGUCUGGAUAUUGUACACAGGUCCCAUUUUCAGGGCACUUGUUAUGUGAAAUUUCAGUUAUCCAAGCACAAAUAAUUAUUCCCAAACCUUUCUACACAAAUGGCUGAUUCAGAUAUCCAAACAGCUGGAGUUUGCCCAUUUCCUUACUUGCUGUGCUGGUCAAUGGCAGCCAUUUCAGACAGAAACCAGUGAGGGAGGGAGGGAGGGAAAUCAGCCAAAUCAGGGAAUAGGAGAAAUUGGGCAAAUUGGUUUUUCCUUUGUUUGUCUUUUGCCUGUUGGCUGCAGCAGUUUGGGGCAGAAACCAUGCAGGCAGGGAGUGAAAAAUCAGGCAAAUCACAGAUUAGAAAUGUUUCCAUAGGAAAUAAUAGAAAUUGUCAGCUCAGCUAAUGAAUGAUUUUCUGGGAACACAUUGUAUUGAGAAAGCAGGACCUGCAUUUACUAUAGAUUUUCAAUGGGGGCCUGGCAGACUUUUGCAUGCAGGCUAAAAUAGGGCUAAAAUAAACAUACAUUCACUAAUGGUAUGUAGAAGCCCAAAGAGAUAAUCUGUCAAAAACUUAGACGCAUCAUCAUUGCACUGGUGUGGAAGACAGUCAUGCAGUCUUUGGUUGGUUUACAUACCAGAAAGCAGCGAAGAAUCUGAGCUUUGGAAAUUCAUAGUUGACAUUGUAACAUGUGUAAGACUUCACCGCAGUGUGAAUUCCUUUGAGCGUCAGUUUCUUUUAGAGGGGAUUAAUUGCCACAGAUGCUCCAGGCCCUGGAAAUAGCUCUGAACACACCACACAGAUUAAUUUCAACUGUUGACUCUGUGUGUGUGUGUAAGUGGAGACCCAUGCAGUUUCAUGGAGGGCGUUGUUUUGUCUGUAAUGCCUUCUUUGCUGUACAGUAAUUUCUUUUGUUUAUGCAGCAUGAUGAAAUUGCAUGGCACUCUUCCAAAGUAAAGGAAAAUAGGUCUCUGCCCCAAAGGACUUACAAUCUGGGAUGGGACACAUGUUGGGAAAGGUUGUGGGUCAGUGGUAGAGCACACACUUUGCAUGCAGAAGGUUCAAUCCCCAGCAUCCCCAGGAAGGCGUGGGAGAGAUGGGUGCUGAAAUCCCGGAGAGCUGCUGCCAGUCAGUGUAGACUAUACUGAGCUAGAUGGUGCCAUGGUCUCACUGGGUGUUCUUGGGCCCAUGUCUUGCAUGCAACUCUGCCCCCCAUUUCAGCCAUUUGGUUGGCAUGUUUGGGGCGUUCUGCAGCAUGUUCCCCACUGCACGGGUGUAUCUGCUGUUCUGCCUAUGCAAUGGGGCAGAAUCCUAAAGCCCCUCAGCUGGCAGGUCUUCAUUCCAGGAUUACAUAGGAAGCUGCCUUGCACCAAUUCAGAGCGUCGGUCCAUCUAAGCCCAGUACUGUUUGCGCUGACUAGCAGUGGCUCUCUAGAGCAGGUGUAGGCAACCUAAGGCCUGGGGGCCGGAUGCGGCCCAAUCGCCUUCUAAAUCUGGCCCACGGACGGUCUGGGAAUCAGCGUGUUUUUACAUGAGCAGAAUGUGUCCUUUUAUUUAAAAUGCAUCUCUGGGUUAUUUGUGGGGCCUGCUUGGUGUUUUUACAUGAGCAGAAUGUGUGCUUUUAUUUAAAAUGCAUCUAUGGGUUAUUUGUGGGGCAUAGGAAUUUGUUCAUACUUUUUUUCAAAAUAUAGUCCAGCCCACCACAUGGUCUGAGGGACAGUGGACCGGCCCAUGGCUGAAAAAGAUUGCUGACCCCUGCUCUAGAGUUUGAGACGGAGGUCUUUCAGAGCCCAGCCUGAAGAUGGAAAUUGGGACCUUCUGCUUGCAAAGCAGAUACAGUGGAACCUCGGGUUACAUACACUUCAGGUUACAUAUGCUUCAGGUUACAGACUCCGCUAACCCAGAAAUAGUGCUUCAGGUUAAGAACUUUGCUUCAGGAUGAGAACAGAAAUCGUCUUCCCGCGGCGCAGCAGCAACAGGAGGCCCCAUUAACUAAAGUCGUGCUUCAGGUUAAGAACAGUUUCAGGUUAAGUACGGACCUCCAGAACGAAUUAAGUACUUAACCCGAGGUACCACUGUACUCCCCUUUCCCAAUGACACCCUGGAUCCUCUAUAAAUUCUACAAGCAAUCUCUGCAGUCCGCCCAGAAAUCUCUUCUUCUCUGUUCCUAAUUGUUACCCCUCCUCAUUGUUUGUAGAUCCUCAAAUAAUUGUUAACCUUUUGGGGCUUUAAGUUUGUUACUUAUCAUGACGCUUAAGCCAUUUCUGAAAUAAUUAUUUUCAGGGAUGAAGCUCCUCCCCACUGUAGGAAUGGCAUGCAUCUGUUUACCUCCUGACACAUACUACCUGGAACCGAGCUUUUAAAAUGGCUCGCAGGGUGAUUUCACCUUCUUAAUCAUCUCAGAUAGCACUCUGUCACCAUGCAGCUUCCCAUCUUGGUAUAGAGUUUAUUUUAUAUACAGCUGAUGGCCAUUUUGAGUGGGGCUUCCGUUUCCAGCCCCUGUAUGUGUUGGUGGAGCGCUUAUAAGUGUUCCCCACCCUGUUACGCCCUUUUAGUGAUGUGUUGUUUUAUCGUUUCAGGUCACUUCUGAGUUCGCGCCGUGUGUGUGCGCAGUCUCACACCUUUCAGGCACACAUUAAUCGGUUGUUGCCUGUAAUACCAAUAUACAAUGCACAACUGCAAAUAAUUGCAAUGCAUAUUUAGAACAGAGGUGCCCUAUUUUCCAUUCACCGGAAGCUUUCUGAUACCUGGAUCUUUCUGACCUCACAUCAGGGAGUUCCCUGUAAAGAGGGAUUAACCAUUAAACCUCUCUGGGAAUUGUAGCUCUGUGAGAGGAGGGUCUCGUAACAACUCUCAGCAACCUUAACAAACUACAGCUCCCAGGAUUCUUUGCGGGGAGCCAUGACUGCUUAAGGUGGCAUAAUGCUGCUUUAAGCAUGUGGUGUGAAUGUGACCUUACUCUGACUCUUGACUUGACUCUUGCUGCAGUUGGCAGGCAUAUUAGCCCAAGUUGCCCAGCAUGGAACUGGGCACACAUAACACAGCACAGUAAGCUGUGAUAAACAGACUGUGCAUUGCAGCUAUUUUGCAAGAAGGAAGUACGGGGCAAUGGCUGUUGUUUUUAAGAAGAAUUUGCUUUCCUCCCUCAAGUUGCCUCUUUUGACCAGCUUCUGCUGUGCCUAUUUCCAUGCCCACCAGAGAGACAGAAGGCAGUUUCUCCAGUUUUCAUGACAAAGGUCUUGCUGUAACAAGGUAUUUUGCAGUCUGGGGAGGGCGGGUGGCGGAGGCGGAGGAAGGAUGGGUAAGAGCACUGCUCUCUAGCAAAGGACUCUCUGACAAUCUCUCAGCUUAGUUGUGUUGAUUUGCAGGACUAGGAGGGCAGUCCAGAGCAGGAAAGGGCAGGGAGAGAGGCGGCUUUGCUAGCGAUAUCAAGAUCAGAGGAGUGCAAGGAAUGAAAGCAACGGGGAGAGAGGAAAUGAGAGAGGAAACCUCUCCAGCACCUCAUCAUAAUGAUCGCAACUCCACGCUUAAUAUUUCUCCCCUCGCUUUGACACGGAAAGCGACAGAACAUUUUCUCCCCUCCUCCCUUAGCGCAUUGCAACUGUGUUCUGUUGUAGGAGGGGAAAGGUUCAAACUAAAGAUUUCUCACCCACAGAAUUAUAUUAUCGCCGUUACGUGGCAAGUCCUAACCGUGUCCUUUAUUAUUUAUUUGAAAGUAUUUCUGGACUUCUUUAUAUUUCAAAAAUCUCAGAGUGGCGUACACAAUGUACAAUAUGAAAACAAGAUCCAGUGAAGCAAAAAUAUAAGCCGAAGCCAAUGCAGUGGACACUCGGGUUGCAAAUGUGAUCCGUGCGGGAUGCACGUUCGCAACCCACAGCGUUCGCAACCCACGUCUGCGCACGCACGGGUUGCAAUUUGGCACUUCUGUGCAUGCGCAAAGCGCGAUUUAGCGCUUCUGCGCAUGCGCGACUGCCGAAACCCGGAAGUAACCCGUUCCAGUAACUCCGGGUUUUGGCGGCCUGUAACCUGAAAAAACGCAACCUGAAGCGUCUGUAACCCGAGGUAUGACUGUAAUAAACGGUAUAAAACAACAGUAUAAAAGCAUAUAUAAGCAUGGAAAGGCAAAUAAAAGAGAUCAAGGGGAUUCAUACACCAAAAAAAGGGUCUGAUCUCUUGGGUCAAAACAACAACAACAACCAAAAAAACCCAAGUCUUCACAAGAUGUCUGAAGCAACAGAUGUCUGUGAUUGUACAGGUUUAUUGCCUUUUACUAGGUGCAGUCCCAUGAAAUUUCAUACAUCAGUGUAGCUAUUUGUCAUGAGCCCCAUGGAAACCUCUUGGCAAGAUUGGUCAGAGGAGGUGGAGAACUGGGAUGAGACUACUGAGACUGUCAAGCGACAUCUUUACCACAACACAGCCUGACGUCCCAAUGGUGGAGAGAAUUGAUGGAGUUAGCCCCAGCUCUGCCCUCUGAGGGUGUGGUAGACCUGACAACUGAGGAAGCAUGCAAGCUUGAGUUGGCCAGUGAAUUGGCCUGGCAGGCAUAAUUCCCAAGGAUGUUCCAGCAGACCUGCCGGUGUGAGUAACCUCAGUCUAUUCGCAGGAGUGCCCACUUUCUUGCCCAGUACCGUUGCUUUGGACUAGAACUGCACCAAUAAUUUUGUCCACCAUGCCUUCCGAAAAGAGAGCCAAGAGGGCAUGUUAGGCGUUGAGGCAAUUACCACAUUCACACCAUACAUUUAAAGCACUAUGAUACCAUUUGAAACAGGCAUGGCUUCCCCCAAAGAAUUCUGGGAGCUGAAAUUUAUUAAAGGAGCUGAGAGUUGUUAGGAGACCCCCCCCCCCAUUCACCUCACAGAGCUACCAUUCCCAGAGUUCCCUGGGAAGAGGGAUUGAUUGCUAAACCCAGGUGCUUAGAGUCUUCACACUGAAGAUGAGCUGUUUGUUUUCACAAGCUUUGAGGCUUUAUUGGGGGGGGGGUGGCACCACUGGUCUAGAAAGACCUCAGCAUAAUGCAGCUCCCUAUCUUCCUAUCUGGCCAGAGUGGUCUGUCUCUCUCCUGGCAGGUUUUUGGGUGGGAAAGAAGAGGACCACAGAGAUAAAAAGGGAGUGGCAGAAUGAGAGGGGGGCAGUGAUGGCCUCCUUAGGUAUAGAGGAGAAACUAGAUUCAGUUUGGAUUUGAAGGCAAACCUACCCAAUUCCCAUUUACUGAAGUAUGCAGAGGGAAUACUGUUACAAUAUGCAAACCAAAACACAGAAAUCCUUUGAAAUUUGCACUUCUCUAGAUUUUGCAAUGCAGUUCUGCAGCCGAAACUAUACGAAAGGACACCGGGUGGUAUGCAGCUAAGUUUUACUCAGAGUAGACCGACUGAGAUUAACAGAUUUAACUUUCUCAUGCUCAUUAUUUUUAAGGGAACUACUCUGAGUAAAUCUUAACUGCACACCGCCCAAUAUACUAAAGCAUGCGGAUAAAUCCAGAUGCUAGUGAAAAUAACAUACACGACUUAGGGGGAUUUGCUUUGCAAAAAUGCGCAUAUUGGGAGAAAUUUGCACUAAAAUACUGACGAAUUUUCAUGAGGACAUUUUUUUUAAAAGCAAACUGAUGUGGAAAUGUGGAGACGUGAGUUUAAGACUGGAGAAAUAAGAAACUGAAAUGGACAGAUUCAACCAUCCCUGGGCUUCACCUGCCACUCCAAAAGGUGACCUCAGGAGCACAGCAAAAUGGUUACACCUCUUAUAAACUGUUCAUCGUAUAGAUUACUAUAGCAGCCGUGGCCAGGAUUACUGGGGUAGUUGGGUGAAUGGGUUGACGUUUGUUUUUCCUGGCUUCGUAAGACUGCAGUUUUGGAGAUUUGCAAGAGUUCAGGGAAGCUUCCACUGCAAGCCACAUCUGAUCUGGUGGAAAUCCGGCUGAGUUCAACUGUCCUCCCAAAUCUGCCAUCUCUGUGGUGCUUCCCCAGUGGCAUAGACACGUCUCGUUUACAUCUCUCACUCCCUGUUACUAGCGCAUUAGAGCCCAGUAACAAAGAUUGACAGUAUCAAUAAUAUGUAAAUUCGUCUUUUUAAUAUCUUUUCUCUCCCUAGGAAUGUUUGACAUCACCCAGGGAAAAACAACAAACGCGUUUCAUGUAGUCGCAGAUCAGAGCAUCUCUCCCCCUCUCCCUCCUUUCUUCUCCUUCUUUAAACGUAUCAAUCAUUGUAUUCUGACUUUGCGAGGAAAUGUUCUGAUUGGAGAUAUUUAUGUCGCCAGUUAUUAAAACGAGACAAUUGCAAUUAGGCGCACAGUGACGGCUUCUUAUCUUCCAAAUCAUUUUGUCCUCAGAUGAAACAACUUCCCUUUCUGCCCCCCCUGUACAUGUCCCCCCUUUGUGUGUGUGUGUGCGCGCGAGCGCGCUAGCUUAAGCUGUCAAAACCGGAUUCAGUAAAUAGGAAGUGCUGUUCUUCCCUGCAAAAGCUUUAGAAAUUCCAAAUGAAGUGUUUAAUUAUAUAAUUACCAAACAGACCGCCUCAGGUUAAAUUCAUUAGUGUUUCACCGGAUUGCUUUCAGUGACUUCCCCGAGUACCCUCUUUUGCUUCUGGUAAUAGAAACUUGUGGAAGCAGAUUGCACCAAUCGUUUCUCUCUGUCUCUCUCUCUCUCUCUCUGCGAUUGCCUAGGUGUUCUUGCACCUUUUUUUUUUUUUUUUUUUUGAGGGUGACACAUAAAAGACAAAAAAAACCCCAAAUCAACAAACCUGCCAGCCGGCCAUUGUCGCUUUGAAGAAACUGUUUCAAUCACUUUGCGUCGUCUUUAUGUCAGUUUGCCAGAUGGCUUGGGUCUUUCUGAGGUCCUGUACCAACGGGGCUUACAGAGUGCUGUUAAAGCUUCAAAGCCGCUUUUUAAUCUUCCCGAACAUCACAGGGGCUGCGAAAGUGACUUGGGCUCCCUGAAGUCUCUCCUACAAAAGAGGCCAAGCGAGCCUGGAAAUGAAAGCCAGAUAAAGGGAUUGCGGGAAUAAGAAACAGAGGGAAAAGAGCAGUGGUUAGUCUUUCUUGUAGCGUUUCAAAAGGAAUUCUAAGACAAAUUAUGGCUCUGGGUGUUUCCAGCCCCCACUCUCUCCCCCCCCCCAUCCCCACCCCACCCCGGAAAGAAAAAGGACUGAUGCAGCGAAGAGAUGCUGAGGCAGAAUAUUUUGACCCAAAGAACCCUUAACCUUGUAUGAAGCGAAAAACAAUGAAAGCACCUCUUUUUAAAAUCAUCUUAAGACAGUGUCCCUUGCAUAAUUACCAGUGUGCAUGUAAAGGAAAGAAGGAAGAGGUUGUGUUCUCCACUCACCUUGCCAGCGGCAAUGUUAAUAAUGAGGUCUUGGUUUUUAUUUUAGGGGUUGUUAUGGGCUGUUUUGGGUUGUUGUUGUUUUUGUUUUUUUAAGAACCUCUUUCCUUAGUCUGUCUGCAUUGCCACACUGAAUGAUGUUGUCCUCAGAUGUUCAUGACAUUUGACGACAGUUGUGUUUAUUCGAUGUGGCACUCGAUCUGAAGAAGUACACCUUUCUUCUACAGAUAAAGGGCUGGCUGAUAUUGUGGUUGUUUUGGGGUUUUUGCCUCCUUAAAAUGCUUAAGUUCAUCCUCCUUGCACAAAUAAAUACUUGCAAUGUGUUUUGAGCAGUGAACAUGAGCUGAAAUGAGAAACUGGAGACUGAUUGACCUUUAGAACCGCAUUUAAUGGCACACUAAAUACUGGUUGCCCCCAUGUGAGCUUAACAUUUUGGUUGUGUCUGGUUGAGCUAAGAGCUUGAUGGCUGUUUGGAAGCUUCCAGAACCCAGCAGCCCAUUGUAGGCAUUCAGGAGUACAAGAUGCCAGUUGUCCAGGGGCCUGCAAUGGUCCUCUUCACUUGACUUAGGGUUGGCAGAGGAAGCUGUCAUCUCUUCAAGGGGUGCAGAGUUGGAAGGAACCCUAAGGGUCAUCUGGUCCAAUUCCCCAUCAUGCAGUAAUCACAGCUAAAUAAUCCCUGACAGAUGGCCACCCAAACUCCAACGAAGGAGAGUCCACCACCUUCUGAGGGAGUCUGUUCCACUGCCAAACAGCUCUUACCAUCAGAUAGUUCUUCCUCAUGUUUAGUUGGAAUAUCCUUCCUUGUUCCAUUGGUUCAGCUCCUACCUCUGGUGUAGCAGAAUAUAAGCUUGCUCCAUCUUCAGUAGGCCAGCCCUUCAGAUAUUUGAAGUCAGCCAAGAUCCAGGGCCAGCAUCAGGAACUGGCAGGGUCAGGAAUGUGCUGAGGGGGCCGCAACCCUCCAGGGGGCCUGUUGACAAGAGCCCCUGCUCUUCAGUGUUGCACCCUGCUUGCUUGACUCUCAUUCUGGUCCAGGGCAACAGUUCCAGAGAGAUGGAGGAGGCACAAUAGAUGCCACUGCUUGCUUGUUCAUUGAGUGUCUGCCUGGCAAGGGAGCAGGUGGAAAUAGUGAGGAAAAUGAAGAUGGUAAUUAUGGUGGUGAGGAAGCAAAUUCCUCAAGAGAGCGGGAUCAGGCCAUGGGUAGGCAAACUAAGGCCCGGGGGCCGGAUCCAGCCCAAUCACCUUCUAAAUCUGGCCUGCGGACGUUCCAGGAAUCAGCGUGUUUUUACAAGAGUAGAAUGUAUCCUUUUAUUUAAAAUGCAUCUCUGGGUUAUUUGUGGGGCAUAGGAAUUCGUUCAUGCCCCCCCCCAAUAUAGUCCGACCCACCACAAGAUCUGAGGGACAGUAGACCAGCCCCCUGCUGAAAAAGUUUGCUGACCCCUGGGUCAGGCUGUGUGACUUCCCCGGAGCCCCCCCCCCCCAAAAAAACCUGGAUCUGGCACUGUAUGGCUAUUAAGAUGCUUUGCUCUGGUGAUAACAAGAGGCCAUGAUAAAUAAUCUUUGGAAUGUUCAUCUUAUAUUUUGAAUCCUUUUCAUAUCACUUGAGGGAGGGAGAAUGUAUCUUUUCGCAAAUGUCUUUGGCUGCAGGAGAUAAAAAAGUGGCUGACUGACUAUAGCAGGAGCCGUAGUGAUUCCAUCACAAUCUGCAAGAUUGGUUUGGGGUAUGGGGCAGAGCAGGGGCAGCUCCUCUGAUUGGUGCUGAAUGGCUGCCAUUUUAAAUUUCCCACAAUGCCCUGGAGCAGCUGACAUAGCGUUGCUCCAGGGCAAAGGGGAGAAUUUAAACUGCUUUCCACACCUCAGCCUGGGGUAGGCAUCAGCAUCGUUGGGCUCUGUCGGACUGCGCAGGUCCUGUCGCCUUCCCUGCUGCCUGCUCUUCAGGAUCUGAAGGGGAGGCUAUCCCUUCACUUUCUGUUAGAAACACAAUUGGGGAAAGGUUGUGUCUCAGUGGUAGAGCAUCCCAGGUUCAAUCCCUGGCGUCUCCAUAUAAGAGACCUUAUGGGGUGGCACAAAGCACGGCCGGUGAGGGGCAUGGCCUGGGAAAUAGGGAUGUGAAACAAGGAGAUUCCCUAGGCUCAAAUAGAAAGAUUUGUAAGGCCCCAUUUGACCCUCAGGCCUGAGGUUCCCUACCUUUGUAGUAUGGGGUAGCAUAGUAGGUAUCUUUCUGGAGCUGCUUUUAAAAUUCGCUCUGUUCCUAGGUGGAACACAUGGAUAAGUGUGCUGGAUCUUGGAAUGGGUAGGGUGUUCUGUCCUUCCAGUUGUGCAGGAUGAGGUGACUGGCAGCCAGUUUUGCACAAAGAAGCCAUUUCCCACAUCCCAGGGCUAUAUCCUGGAAAUGGCUUGCACAUUGCCAAGGUUCAGCCAGAGGCCAGGAGUUGAGCCAGGGGCGUUGGAGCUGACAAAAUAGAGCCAGAUUCUGGUUUUAAAGCCCCCUCCCCCAACAGAGUCUUCUGAGACAAAGGAUGACAAUGGAACAUCCUUGAUCCAGAGGAGCACUCAUCUUGCAGACAUACCUCUGGGGCUGGUCCUGGAUUCAGCUCUUCUCCUGACUCCUCAGUCUCAUCCCCUGGAGAAGACAAAUAUGAGCCCAGGGUCAUGGCUGGUCUGAGCCACCGCCGGCAGUCACUCCAGCACUGUGGUGACAAGUUAAUCUUGUUGUAUAUAAAAAUGAAGGGUUUUCUGCAUUUUAAUUCAUAGGUGUGCUUCAGCUACCAAGAAGGUGGAAUAAAAACAUGUACUGGCACUGUCUUUGGGCAAGGACCACAUAAACCAGUGUCACUGGUUCCUGGAACCAAUCAAUUAAGCCCUUAUUGGUAAAUUUACCUGGAAACUCUGUUAUCUUUCAUCUCAAGUAUCUCCUUGAAGAUUAAAAAAAAAAAAACCCUAGCCAUGGCAAAAUUUUCUCUUGGAGGUAGUAAGAAUUAAAAAUCCACAUGUCUUGCAUAAAACACAGUGACUGCCUAGUAAUGUCUUUUCCGUAUUCUGUACUUUGCUUUCGAAAUUGUUUUUUCGGGUCUUGGGACCUUAAUAAAGAAUGUGUGUAGUGUCACUGGAGCUCACUUAAAAAUAAUGAUUAACAUCCAAACUGGGCCAUUAUGGAUAAAUCACCAAACCAUGGUUUGACCAAAAGGAGCAGGUCUUGGGCUUACACAGUCUCCUCCCCUUGCAUGCUACAACAGCCUAUCUAUCAGACCUGGUUCACAGCAAACCAUAGGGUUUUCUAACACCCAGUUUGGGGGGAAAUAUUGUUUGCUACAAAGCAGAAUUGGUCUGUGCUUCACAGUUCUCACCUUCAAACAAACAAUAGCUUGCCUGAGAAACAUAGCAUUCUCAACUGAGAUGUAAUGGCAAACUAUUGCUCUACCCAGGCACUUGUCUUUUGUGUCAAAUCAACAUGCUGGGAGAGAGAGAAUAUGGACAAACCUGCUCUGAGCCCGGCUUCGGCUGGGGAGGGCGGGAUAUAAAUAAAAUUUUAUUAUUUAUUAUUCCUCUGCUGUCCCUUCGAGCUGGGACAGUUGACCUUCAUGAGCUGGAGGUCAACUUUCUACAACUCUCUCUAUUUGUGUUAACCAGCCUUCCUCAAACUGGAGCCCUCCAUCUGUCUUGGACAAUACAACUCCCAUCAUCCCUGACCAGUGGCCAGGCUACCUGAUACUGCUAUGAGCGUGCUUCUCUAAGGCAAAACAUCUGUCACAAAAUCAGUUGUAGGCCAAAACAUCUGCAGGGCAACACUGAGAAAAGCCGGUGUAGGCUCUCUGUUGCAGAAUAAGGAUGUCCAUGGCUGCUAGCCACAAUGACAAUGUUCUACCUGCAUUGUUGGAGGCAGUAUGCUUCUGAAUACCAGUUGCUGGAAACCACAGGAGAGGAGAGGGCUCUUGUGCUUGGGUCCUGCUUGCUCCCUACUAUGUUGGCCACGGUGAGAACAGGACGCUGGGCUAGAUAGGCCUUUGGUGUGGCCCAGCAGGGCUCUUCAUAAGUUCCACAGGGCUCCAAGAUGGUUGAUGGGUGGGAGCUAACACGCUCCUCUCCCCUGCCUCAAGCAUUAGCGCAGAGGAGAAAUGCCUGAAGAGGGCUUAUGGUUUGUUGCAAACCAGGAUGUCAGGAGCAGGUCAGCAAUAAAACACCCGUUGCGUCUGUGAAGUCAACUCUUUAUUCAAAGAAAACAAAAUAGUGCAGGCUUAGCGAUCACAGCAGUUCUUCCCAGUAGAUCUUGCAUCAGUGAAGGAGUUUCAAGGACUGGAGGUCCCUGCCUCCUCACUGCUCUCUAAGGCUCCUCCUGCUGUUCCUUCCCCAGCAGCCUAAGGCUGCUUCGUUUUGUCUCUCUUUACUCCGCCCUCUUCAUUUCUCUCUGUGUUCUGGGAGACCAAGGGGUAGGGGAGCUAGUUACAGCAAGAGGUUCCCCAGCCUCCCACCAGUCUUCUGCAUCCAGGCAACCCAUGACACAGGAAGUCCAGGGAACUGUCAGAACACCCUUGAGAAUGGGAGCAUGAGGAAAGGGCCCAGAUGGUCAAACGAUGGUUUGGCUUCCCAUUGCUUCAUCAGUAUGUUUCAGGGGAAAGGGAUGGGCUAUGGACUUCUACAUUUCGGAACAUAUACUCCCCUGUUCUCUUUUUCCUCUCUCUUUUUUAAUCAUCCCAUUUUCCAUAAGGAUGUAAUUUGCAGCCCUCUUUUUUCCUUUUUAACAAUUAACACCUUCCCAGCCCGCCCCCAGCCCCCUCCCCCCAGUUAUUUUACCCACAAAAGAAGCCAGCGUCUCUUUGCUUCCAUGCACAAAUCCCAAAUGUAGGUCAUACAAUCUAAUAACUUUCAGCCCCUCACUGACAAAGUUUCAUGCGAAAGAAAAGAGAGGAGAAGAAGAAGAAGUAGUGGGGGGGGGGGAAACCUGGAAAAAGAAACACACAAUAACUUGGCUUUGACCUUGCACUCUUCAAAAAGGAAGUUACUUCUGAGCCACAAACAUCAAAAAGAAUAAAUAAUUGUUUUUCUUUUUUGUUGUUAUGAUAUGGAUCAUCUGAGCAGUUAGUGGUAAGCAAGCCGCCUUUGAUAUGGUUUAGAUGCCCUGGUGCUCGGCCCUCUAUUUAUGUCAGCGUGUUCCUGUUCCCACACCAGGAAAGUAGAAUCCCUUGAUUAAAUUCAUAUUUGUUUUAAUCUUUCCCUGUGUCUGAUCUCAAGCUCAAAGAUUCUAAUGAAAAAGUAACACGUCCUGCUGGGUUUAGUGCUGAUGUCAGGCAUUCAUGUGUUUGUCCUGUUCUAACCUGAUAAUGCCAGAAAAAGCUCAGAACCCCAAAUGGCUCAAAACUCCAGCCGGUUCGAAAGACAAAAGGUAUUUGGGUAUUUCAUGUGGGGUGUUUCCCCCACCUCCAUACAAGCCACAGGCCUCUUUUUGGCGGUGGUCUCUCUUUUUAUAGCUAUAAAAAAAUGUUUUGUUUGUAGAAGUAGCAAGAAAGGAGGAAGAAAGAGAACCCCGAUAAACAACAAUUUAUAAAAUAUCAACUGGCCACAACAGGGAGUUUAAUUAAUCUGACCCAGGAUGUAAUUUUGUAUGCAGGGGACAUUCAUGUGUAAUCUGUAGGAGUGAGAAGAAAAGAAAAUCGAUGGGCAUAAGAAGGAAUGAUAAGGAAGAGAGAGGUUGUUUAAUUAGGCUGGCCCUCUUUUGGAAUAUUUAUGUAAAUGUUUGAGACUUUUCCAGGAGCGUUUGAGCUGCUUGAGUACUCAGUUUUGUUGCUCUUUGCAAUUACCAAACCAACUUACGCAACUUAGGCCACAUUCACACCAUCAAUUUAAAGUACUAUGAUGCUACUUUGAACCGUCAUGGCUUCCCCCAAAGAAUUCUGGGAGAUGUCAUUCAUUGAGGGUACUGAGAGUUGCUAGGUGUCUCUGAGCAACCCUCAGAACCCUUAAAAAAACUACAGCUCCCAGAAUUCUUUAGAGGAUGCCACAACUGUUCAAAGUGGUAAAGGUAAAGGUAAAGGGACCCCUAACCAUUAGGUCCAGUCGUGACCGACUCUGGGGUUGCAGCGCUCAUCUUGCUUUACUGGCUGAGGGAGCCGGCAUACAGCUUCCGGGUCAUGUGGCCAGCAUGACCAAGCCACUUCUGGUGAACCAGAGCAGUACACGGAAACGCUGUUUACCUUCCCACCAGAGCGGUACCUAUUUAUCUACUUGCACUUUGACAUGCUUUCGAACUGCUAGGUUGGCAGGAGCAGGGACCGAGCAACGGGAGCUCACCCAAUCAUGGGGAUUCGAACCGCCGACUUUCUGAUCGGCAAAUCCUAGGCUCUGUGGUUUAACCCACAGCACCACCCGCAUCCCUAUGUUCAAAGUGGUAGCAUAGCGCUUUAAAUAGAUGGUGUGAAUGUGGCUGGGGUCUCUCCAACCCCUACCUGAAGACAUUGAGAAAUUGAACCUGGGACUUUUGGCACGCAAAGCAGAUGCUCUACCGAUGAGCUACAACCCUUCCUCUCUCAUACUGAACCAAAACAUGCACAGGAAGCAGGAAGCUUUACCAUGUUAUUAAUUCUGCAGACUAUAAUCACGUGCUGCUUUUUGUAGGAUUGCCUGUUUCUUUUUUAUGUUAUAACCUUUUGUUUACUCUUUCUUCUUUUGAUUCCUUUUACUCUGUUGUUGCUUUUGUUCUGGGACCCACAAGAUCCAAGGGUGGGUUAUGGAUAUAUUAAAAGUGCAAUAUUCAAAUCAUUUUUAAACAAAUGCAAUCAAAGGAAUGGGGUGAGCUGCUUACAGCUGUUCAUUUAACUAUUAUGAGAUCCUGUAAAGAUUUAAAGGGCGCAGUGUUCAACUACAGCUAUGAGAGAGUCUGGAGGGUACCUUGAGUGGAAAAAACUUAAAUAUAAAUUGAAAGUAAUUAGGGAGCAAGCAAAGAAUGAUUACUUUGUAGUAGAGUGGGAUGAUUUUAUCUCCUUUGUUAAUGAUAAAACUAAUGACCUAUCUCCACAUUAUAUGAGGCCUUGGACGUUUUAAAGUAAACGACUUUUUUGACAGACUUAAUAUAUUUUCGUAUGUAUUAUGUUUUGCAUUUAAGCUGCUCUUGCUUUGCUACAGUUACCUGCUGAGGCGUAAUGGGACAUUCUCAUUCUUAACGACACUUGGAACCAAAAAGUCAUUUGGUUGAGAGGGGAGGAUUUAGUUUUGCUUGAAUUAAUUUAUUUGUCACGGUGGUUCUGCCUAUGAUGUUUGUUUGCUGAGUGAGGGAAGUGUAAUGCAAUUGUUUUGACAUACGCUAUUUAAGAGAUAACUUCCUUGGCUAAUGUGUUUACUUAUUGAAAACACAAUAAAAUAAUUUCAAAAGAAAUGGGGGGGGGAGCGAGCUCUAAUGUAGAGAGAGCGGGAGAGAGUCAAAGGCCAGGGUAAAGAGGUGUGUUUUCAGCAUGCAACGGAUACUUCAUAAUAAAGGUUUCACGGGCACCUCUGUGUGGGGAGGGAAAACCACCACUUAGGGUUUGCCACAAAGAAAGUGCUCUCCAGCAUGGCCACUCCUCAAACUUCUGAGGCCAGUGAAGCUACCAAGAAAGGACUCUCUGCUGGUCUUAACACCUGAAAUGAUCUGUAGGGAAGGAGGCACUAUUUCAGAUAAUUGGGUCCCAAAUCUUAAAUGCUGAUGUGAGCACCUUGAGUUGGGACUGAGGGGAGGGGGGACGACUGGCAACUACUUCCAAUUCUGUGAUUCUAUUUUAUAACCCAGCUGCUUUUAAAACAAGGGUGAUACAAGUUCUAAAUGGAACACCAUCCAGUAAUCUGGCUGCUGCAUUGGUUGUUCCUGCCACUGUCCUUGGGGAGGUGACCAUUUUGAGAGCAGCGAGAAAGAACUGCAGCUAUUAAAGAAGUUUCCUUAAACGAUUUUCCAGACGUCCUCGCACGGAGACACACACUCGCUUUAGAAAUCAGACCAGGAUAUGUAGGAGUAGCUUGUCUCUUGACAAGCAGAACUACCCAGCAGACCCAAACAUAAUCCUGCCAGGGAAGAGAGGAGGAGAAAGUGGUGGCAGGGAAACUGAAACACAGGCCUCUAAUGUUUUUGGCAAACGUGUCUGCUCCUCCAAGUGGGUGCAUAGGCAAGUUGAGAUUACGGCCUCUGUUUCCAAAGACGUGUGCGGUGGGGGUGAUGCUGAGCGCGCCUGAUAGCAAAUAAUAGGAUUUAUACUUGUAUUUCUACUCGUCGCUUUGAAAAUGCAUCUCUGCAAGCGGGAAAAUGCUGAGCUGUACAGAAUUUAAUCGGAUGAUGCCAACAUAAACUGCUUCUCCUCAUCCCCCACGUUAAGCUGGAGGUCAGAGCAGUCAUUUCUGCUACUUUGACACCACCAAAAAAAAUCAUACACAAGGUGUUUUUCUUCCCGAACUGGCCAGUACAGUCAUACCUCGGGUUACAGCCACUUCAGGUUGUGUUUUUCGGGUUAUGGACCACCAAAACCCGGAAGUACCGGAACGGGUUACUUCCGGGUUUCAGUGGUCACGCAUGCGCAGAAGUGCCGAAUCGCAACCCGCGUGUGCACAGACGCGGGUUGUGAAUGUACAUCCCGCACCGAUCACGUUCGCAACCCGAGCGUCCACUGUACUCAAUAGGGCUAGGGACGGGGGGAAGAAUUUGAUUCAGUUCACACUGAAAGGUGAACCAACCCAGUUGCCAUUAGGCUUGGGUGAAUAUGUCAAUUUUGGGUUCUCAUUUUUUAAUCCCUAAGUUCAGUUUUGUAUGUUUCCACAUCAGCUUGAGAUUUAUUUAUUUUUAGUAUUCAUAAUCAUUUUUGUGUGAAUUUCUUCUAAUACACACAUUUUUAUUGCAGUUUUGCCCAGUGCAUACAUUUUUGCAAAGCAAUUUUCCCUAAUGUAAUGCAUUUCUGUAUGUUAUUUUCACCAAUAAAUGCAUUUAUAUGCACAUUUUAUCCUACUACAUAGAUGUUUAAGGGGAGUCACAUUGAAAAGUACAUUUGAUGUUUUGUGGAACUUAUGUGACCCAUAUGUUCAGAUUCAGGGUCAGAUUCUUUCACCUGCUUCUCAGCAACCAGUGUUGAUCCUGCCUCCGUCUCCUAGGACUCGGAAACACCAGCACAAACCCAUCCUUCAAGCUCAACCCACCCUGAGGAUUGCCCAGUCUCAUGACUAG